AUGCCAGGCCUAAUCGCGAGUGGUGAGCCUCACGACGAUCUCACCGGUGCGGUGCAGCAGAUCAUACUAUCUUCCUCCGAAUCGGACUAUUUGGACCAACUAAUCCCCCUGCUGAAGAAUGCCCACACGCAGACCCAAGUCACCCCUCUCAUCCAGGCACUCAACCAUGUCUCCGCCGAUAGGGAGGCCGAGAUCCAGCGCAUCUGCAACACCAACCACCAAGAGUUCAUCAAUAGUGUCAAUCAACUCCAAUCGGUGCGGGAAGGCACGGUGAGCUUGACUUCGGAGAUCAUGGAGUUGAGUCGAUCCAUCGAGGCGACUACGGAGAAGCUGGCGGAGCAAAAGAAAGCUUUGGUCGACUCUCGAGGUGUCAGGCAGAACAUUGACGACACCACGCAAGCAUUGAAGGAUUGCCUUGAAGUGUUACGAUUGGCCAAUCAAGUCUACGACCUGUUGAGCAAGAAGAGUCACUACGCUGCCCUUCGUGCGCUCGAUGAGCUUCAGAAUGUCCACCUGCGCGAAGUGACUCGCUACAAGAUUGCCGAGUUGAUUGAGCGCUCUGUCCCCGCCACGCAACGCCUGAUUGCCGAGGCGGUCAUGACUGAUCUCAACACUUGGCUGUAUCGCAUCCGUGAAUCUUCGCAAUUCCUGGGAGAAGUGGCCUUUUACCACACCGAGAUGCGUCGUGACCGCCAGAAGAAGCGACAAGAGACAGAUGAGUAUUUGGGAUCGUUCAAGAUCAACUCCGCCGUUGAGCUUGUUGCGGACGAGGAAGACGAAGAAGAUGUGCUCAACAACGAAGCAGUCCAAGUCGACUUCAGCCCGCUAUUCGAGUGCCUGCACAUCCACGACAAUCUCGGCCAGAUGGACAAAUUUCGAGCGGACUAUGCGGCUACUCGGCGCCGCCAGAAAGACCUGCUCAUCCCUCAAUCCCUAGAUCUGCUUGACGAAGAAAGUGACGGCCUGAGCAGCUUACUCGAAGGUAUCGCUGGCUUCGCGAUCGUCGAGAAAGCCACCAUGGACAAGACCGAGAACUUCCGAGCUCAAGCGGAUGUCGACGAACUGUGGGAGAGCAUGUGUCAGUCCGCCAUCAGCCUGAUCAGCGUAGCGCUGGACAAGGUGGAAAACGACGAGAAGCUGCUCAAGGUCAAAGGUGUCAUCGCCCUGUUCAUCCAAACCAUGGACUCCUGGGGCUACUCGGUGAACAGUCUGGAUGGCCUGCUCCUCACCCUCUUCGAAAAGUAUGCCGGACUGCUGAAGAAGCGGUUCAGCGAUGACUUUCAAGAAAUUCUCACCACCGACGACUACAUGCCUAUGCCCAUCAACGAUGCAGAGGAGUACACCAAAGUCGUCAAUGUCUCCUGGUACACACCUCCCGAAGGCCAAGAAGAUCCGCAGUCCUUGACAUACCCUUGCAUCCUGCCUUUCUCUCAGAUGUACCCUCUUGUCUGCAUCGACAUCCGCAACUUCCUCAACCAGAUCUACCUGUUCUCGGACGAUCACUUCAAGCAUGCGACAAUCAUCGACAGCACGCUGCGCCAAAGCCUGGACGAGUUGCUGGUGGAGAAGGUGUGCCGCAGUCUACUGGAGCGCUUAAACACCCAGUACCCAGGCCAAAUCAUCCAAAUCCUCACGAACCUCGACCACUUCGAGCUCGCAUGCAAAGACCUCGAAGGCCUUCUCGUCGAAGCACGAAGCACCAGCAGCGCCGCCGGCGCCAUCACACUCGCCGCAACGAAAGAAUUCCGCGCGGCCAAAACCAAAGCAGAGAAGCGCCUCUUCGCCCUCAUCAACUCCAAGAUCGACGCCCUCAUCAAUACCGCCGAAUUCAGCUGGACGCUGCCUGACAGCGGCCCGCAAGAAGUCUCAGAUUAUAUGCAAGAGCUCACGCAAUACCUCGCCAUUACUAUGUCAUCCGUCCUCCUCGGCCUGCCGGAGCAGAUCAAAGAGCAAAUCUACACCGAUGCACUCGGGUACAUCAACAAGGGCAUCCUCACCAUGCCCCUCGAUCCCGCGGUGGUGCGCAUCAGUGCUGCAAGCGCCGAAGCAUACGCUCUGGAUGUGCAGCAUCUCGUGCAAUUCGUCGAAAACCUGCCGGAAGGCAAACCAGAGCUUCUCGGCUCGCUCGAAGAACUCCGUCAGACUUCUGACCUCAUGCGACUCGCGGCGGCAGGCAACGGCGAGGACUUCUUCGACACGUCGAAGUCGGCGCAGCGAUUUGGGAAGGUGGAUAAAAUUAAAGGUGCGGAGCUGCUGGAGAAGGUGGAAGUCAAGAAGAGCAGCGAUAUGCCGCGCAGCCCGACAUUCGCUGCGGGCGAGGGCGGGGGAAGCAGUGGGUUUGCCUUCAACAAUCUGGCGAGACAUGCGGCGCAGGGGAGUUCGCUGGCGGAUCGGCUGGGGCGGUUUGCGCAGAGGGAUCGCUCUUAG